GCAGCCAGAUCGCGGCACAGACUCCAUUAGUUCGCACAUUAGUAUGAGUUAGUCGAAUUAUUUAAUUAAAUAAAGUAAUUCAAUAAGAGGGCGAAUUAAUAACAAUUAUUCGGUUUGGCCGUGUUCGAUCUGCGCCGGAGUGGACGCGCGGGGAUUUGAUACUAAACAAAUGUGACAGUGUUUACGAAAUAUUUGAGUAAAUUCGAUUUUUAUAUCGUUUCGUGUCAAAACUGCUGUAAUGGAGCAAAAUAAAGACAUUACGAACACCCGACAACCUAUCACGAAGAACUACGAUCCGAAAUCCCAGAACGCUGCCAAUUACAAUAUGAGCCCAGGAAAUUACCCAGAAACCAACCACAAUCUCUUUCAAAUGAUAAAAUGUCAUGAAGACAGUCUUUUGAGGCUGCAUCAUUUAACAGCAGGCCGUCAGAUCAACGGUAGUUACGACACAAGUUACCAGAAUGACAUUACAUGGUAUCCAAAAGACCUCCAAAGACCUUACAUCAAACCUGUAGACUACCUCGCAUACGAAGACAUGAGAAGAAAGUACGAAGACAAGGGUGGGAAAGAGAGAGAGAAUCAAAAAGAGUCUGAGGAAGAAAGAGAUGUAAAGUCUGAUGAUCGGAAGAAGCCUAGAAGGAACAGGACUACGUUCACAAGUCAGCAGCUCGCUGCUCUUGAGAAGGUGUUUGAAAAGACUCAUUAUCCGGAUGCGUUUGUUAGGGAAGAUCUCGCUGCGAGGGUCAACCUGACUGAAGCCAGAGUACAGGUAUGGUUCCAAAACCGUCGAGCGAAGUUCAGAAGAAACGAGAGAUCCGCUUUGUCAACUCACAGAAGUUCAACAAGCCAAAAUUCACCGGAGCCCAUUGCUGUGCCAAUCGGAAUACCCCACCAAGAUCCGAGACAAGACUUUGCGCGCAACUCUAAAGAACCUUGGCUCCAUCAUUUUCAAGCAAACAAUCUUAACUUAAACCUUGGACUUCCUAUUACCAAUACAGGACUGUAUCAGAAUGAUUAUUCUCUCAUGAUGCAGAAUGUAAGCAAUAGGCAGUACGUGCAAAAUACCAAUAGUCUUAUAGGACAAAGUGUGGUCGGCUAUGGAAGCACCACGGAUAAUGGCUACAGUUCUUGCAGUUUAAUUGGUGGCUACAGCGGAUCUUUACAGCCGGCUCAUCAUAGCUCAUAUAAUUUGAAUUUACGGUUAAGACCACACGACUUUAGCUUAAAUAAUAUAACCUUAUGAAAAUAUUCUUAAAUGUAUUGUAAAUUAAAGUGACUUAUGAAUUAAACCUGAAAAAAAAAUUGUCUUUCAUUUUAAAAACCAUUUGAAAUAAUUUGUAUAAAGUUCAAAAGCCCAGAUUUCAGAUGUCUUUUUAUUCCAGCGAUUCCGCGGGAAGUUUGACAAUGACGUCAAAUGUCAAAAUUUUGCAAAACUGCAAACCGCAAAAUAGUAACCGCAAAAUUGUAAAUCGUGAGCUGUAUUUCUUGUGAUAGUUUGGCAGCUGAAAAUAAAAUGUCACAGUCUAAAUACAUUUAAAAUAAAUGAACGACUAAAUACAUUCAUAAUUAAAGUCGUUGAAGAAGAAAACCGAAGUUCCUAACCCCUAAUUUCGAUUUCUACAAAAUAACACCAUGUCUUUGAAAACAUACAGCCAAACUUUAUUUAUGGUGCUAUCUUUUGCGUUCUUUGCGCAUGCUACAUAUAAAUACUUGGUAAAGAAGAAAAAAGAAGAGACCGAAAAAGAAGACAUUAAUGAGGUUAUUAUGUUUUCGUAUGGCGCAGAGGAACUUAGGACGAGCCCACACUCUCGUUGCAAGAUAUCUAAAAGUAUGGACAGAAUAUUGCAUUACUUGAGUAAACCUAAAUAUAGCCUGGAUAUUUGCAUGUACGUUUGGUCAAAUCAAGAUAUAACUAAUAUAAUAAUGAAGUUGCACUUUCGAGGUGUAAAGAUACGUGUGAUUGUUGACGCUGACAUGGCGUUUGCGCCUGGAUCCAAUAUAAGGAAGUUGGAAAAGAAAAACAUACCAGUGCGAUGGAUGAAAUCAACCAAUUUGAUGCACCACAAGUUCUGUGUCAUAGACACACUGAGUGAAGAUCCAAAUACAACUCCGUUUGUCAUGUCAGGCUCACUAAACUGGACUAACCAAGCAUUGUGGGGGAACUAUGAAGACUGCUUAGUGACUUCACAAAAAAAAUUAGUAGAACAAUUUCAAAUGGAGUUUGAAAGACUAUGGAUUCUGUUUAAACCUAUAGUUGACUAAAACUAGUUAGUGACAAUCUAGUUAUUUUUGUAAAGCAAAAAACUUUUUUAUUUGAGAUUAAUACUGAAGCAUCGAUUUAAGAAGUUUUUAACGGAUCAACUUAGAAAUUGUGAAAAGUUCAACUUUAAAAAUAAACUUUUCAUUAUGUCUGAGUUUAUUGGUUGACUUGAUUAAAAAAUUAGUCUGUGUGAAAGCAAUGAAAAAAGAAAGAGUGCUGUUUUCCAUUUUUGUAUUGUACAACAAACAGUCAAACUGUUUUGCCAUGUCAUUCUUUUUUUAGUAUUAAACAUGGUACUCCAAUGGUAGUCUCAUGUUGUAGGCAAUAAGAUCUUUUUUGUAACAAUAAGUAAUUUUAAGUUAAACAUUUUCUAUUUUUUUAUUUUAAUUUUUUAUUUGGAGCUGAAGGGACAAAGUCUGUGACGCAACCUUCAUUCAUAUUUUUUAAGUUUAGUUUUAAUUUUGUGGUUUGAAAAAACAUUGAUAUUAUUUUAAAUUUAUGUGUAAGUUUUACUUUUUGAUUUUAGUAGGGAUUGAAAAAAAGUUUUUCAAAAUUAAAGUUUUAUAAAAACAGAGUUGAAUGCUCUAUAAAUUGGUUACCUACUGAGUUUUGGAUUUUAAUUCAUUUUUAUUGUACCUGUAUUAUUUAGAAUAAGAAUAAAUGUUUAUUUAGCUA